GGGAGAGAACAUACAUCUGAAUCAACAGGAUAAAGAGGUAACAACAUAUAUUUGGAGGUAACAAAGGCCUGUCUCGACUAUGAAGUUAUUUUCUGUUGUGGUUUUGGCCUUCAUCCUCCCACUGAUCAGGGCUCAGGUUCCCCAUUGGGGUCCAUGUCCAGAGCCAGCGGUUCAACCGGCCUUCAACCUAAAAGAGUUCAUGGGAAGAUGGUUUGAAAUUUCCAAACUGCCGGCCCAGUUUGAGAAGGGCUGGUGCAUUGAAACCAAUUUCACUUUGAGGACAGACAACUCCAUUCGAGUGGUCAGCUCUGAAAUACUAAAAGGAGAGCUGAGGAAAAUCGAAGGGACUGGAGUCAUAGAGGAUAUGAAGAAUCCGGCUAAACUGGGAAUAAGUUAUUCCUACGUCCUGCCCUACUCCCCUUACUGGAUCAUGUCUACUGACUACGUGAACUCGGCCCUGGUGUAUUCCUGCACUGACAUCCUGAGGAUUUUCCACGUGGACUUCGCCUGGAUCCUCGGCCGAACACGAACCCUGCCGGACGCCACCGUCGAGAAAGCCAUGGAGAUCUUCGCGAAGAACAACAUCGACGUGAGCAGGAUGAUUCCCAGCAGGCAGAAGGACUGCGACCAAACUAUCUGAGCAGCGAUGGAAAUGCAGCA